GAAAGAGUCACCAUUAUAGUCCUCGCACCUUGUGCCAACUCGCAUCAACGCUUCACUUCUCCAACUUCCAAUAGAGUGCCUCGAGCCUCGAACUUACAUCUUCGACCUGCCGUUUCUCAAUCCGCCCUUAUGAACGGGCGCCCGUCGGAAUUCACUUCUCAGGACUAUCUUUCUGACCACCUGUGGAGGGCUUUGUCAGCUUAAAACAGCAUCACACGACGAUCGUCUGCUAUAAUCUCUGAAAUCACCAAACCAACAUACCGUAUCCCGAACCAACCGCUGCCAUGUUCUCCAAGCUGGCAGCCAAUUUCGCCCAGCGAGCGGCCGGCUCUGCUGCCGGCUCCGCCCGCCGGGUGGCCUUCCAGACCCGGUUCUCGUCCGGCCAGGCUGUUGCCAACGGCAGCAAGGGCAGGAAGAUGCCCUUCCAGAAGCCGCUGAACACUCAGCCUGUGGCGUCUACGCCGGCCACGUUUACCAUUCGGGACGGCCCCGUCUUCCGCGGCAAGGCCUUUGGCGCCAAUGCUAACAUCUCUGGCGAAGCCGUCUUCACCACGUCUCUGGUCGGCUAUCCCGAGUCCAUGACGGACCCCUCCUACCGAGGCCAGAUCCUCGUCUUCACCCAGCCCCUGAUUGGCAACUACGGCGUUCCCUCCAACGAGCGCGACGAGUACAACCUCCUCAAGUACUUUGAGUCUCCCCACAUCCAGUGCGCCGGCGUGGUCGUCUCCGAUGUCGCCCUCAACUACAGCCACUGGACUGCUGUCGAGAGCCUGAGCGAGUGGUGUGCCCGUGAGGGUGUGCCCGCCAUCUCCGGCGUCGACACUCGAGCCAUCGUCACCCACCUCCGAGAGCAGGGUUCUUCCCUCGCUAGGAUCUCGAUUGGCGACGAGUACGAUGCCGAUGAGGACGAGAGCUUUGUCGACCCCGGCCAGAUCAACCUGGUCAAGCGCGUCAGCACCAAGGCUCCCUUUGUUGUCGAGUCGCCCGGUGCCGACCUCCACGUCGCCCUCAUCGACUGCGGUGUCAAGGAGAACAUCCUCCGCAGCCUGGUCAGCCGCGGCGCCUCGCUGACCGUCUUCCCCUACAACUACCCGAUCCACAAGGUGGCCCAGCACUUUGACGGAGUCUUUAUCUCUAACGGCCCCGGCGACCCGAUCCACUGCCAGGAGACCGUCUACAACCUGGCGCGCCUGAUGGAGACGUCGUCGGUACCCAUCAUGGGCAUCUGCCUCGGCCACCAGCUGCUGGCCAUGGCCGUCGGCGCCAAGACGAUCAAGAUGAAGUACGGCAACCGAGCCCACAACAUCCCCGCCCUGGACUUGACCACCGGCCAGUGCCACAUCACAAGCCAGAACCACGGCUACGCCGUCGACUCGAGCACCCUGCCCCCGGAUUUCAAGGAGUACUUUGUCAACCUCAACGACGGCAGCAACGAGGGCAUGAUGCACCGCACCCGCCCCAUCUUCUCGACCCAGUUCCACCCGGAGGCCAAGGGCGGCCCCAUGGACAGCUCGUACCUCUUUGAGAAGUACCUCGAGAAUGUCCGCGCCGCCAAGAGCGCGCAGCGCGUCUACAAGGACAACCGGCCCAGCCAGUACAUUCUUGAUGUUCUGAGCAGGGAGCGUGUCGGCGUUGAGCCUGUGCCUCUUGUUGGUGCUGCUUAAGUCUGGGAGAGUCAAUGGGUUUGAUAUGGGUUAACAGAUUGAUCAUGGGCGUUUUUAAAGGUCCUGAGGGAUCGUGGUUUGCGCAUUGCUUUGAC